GCCACAGCGAGGUACGGGGUGGGGCGAGCAGCAACAAGGAGGAGGCGUGGUGUGGGUGUCCUGUGCUGGGGAGCCCCGCCGCAUGUGCUCAGUGCCAGCACAGCGCCCGGCACAGACAGGAGGUGGACAACGGCACUGGGGUGGCUGAUAAGGAGACCCCAGCAGGCACUGGGCAAUGGCCGAAGCUCAGGUGGGGCUGCCGGGACCCUUCCCGGAGCCCCCGGUUGGUCCAUGCCACGUCUCAGACUCUGACUCCGACUCCGAGGACACGGCUGUGAGCAGUGCAGGACCCGGUGCUGGGGCACAGAACCCCUCGCAGGUCAUCCACAGUGGCCACUUCAUGGUGUCAUCCCCGCACAGUGACUCGCUGCUCCGCCGGCGCCACCACCAUGCUGAGCCCAAACCAGCAGAUCCCCGGAGCAUCGACCCGACCCUCACCCGCCUCUUUGAGUGCAUGAGCCUGGAGUACAGUGGGAAGCUGGUGUCUCCAAAGUGGAAGAAUUUCAAGGGGCUGCGGCUGCUUUGUCGGGAUAAAAUUCGUCUCAACAAUGCUAUCUGGAGAGCAUGGUACAUCCAGUAUGUGGAGCAGAGGAAGAACCCUGUUUGCGGCUUCAUCACCCCGCUGGAGGGGUCAGAGGCUGAUGAGCACCGAAAACCAGAGGCUGUCGUACUGGAGGGCAACUACUGGAAACGCCGCAUCGAGGUGGUGAUGAGGGAGUAUCACAAGUGGAGGAUCUAUUACAAGAAGCGGCUCCGAAAGUCCACCCGGGAGGGAGAGCUCUCCAGCCCAAAGCAGGAUGAGGAUGUCUGGAGGCCAACAGAGAAAUGGUGCAACCAGCUCUUCUGCAACGUUGUGCCCAUGCUGCUUGGGGAUGAGGAAGAGGAGCCAGGGGGCAGGCAGCACUUCGACUUGGACACUUUCCUCUCAGACAUCUCUGACACCCUCUUCACCAUGACACAGACGCCCAACACCCACGAGGCACUCCCCAAGGAUGCAUAUGUUGGGAAUGCUGACAUGAUACAGCCAGACUUGGCACCCCUGCAGCCCAGCCUGGAUGAUAUGGAGAUCUCAGAUAUUUUCACCAGCCACAGGCCACCACUAUCACAGACACAGCUGGGCUACCAGGAGCCGCCCUGCUUCAUGCCCAUGGCCGAGCCCCUGUUCGACGGCGGGGGGUCCCUGAUGGGUGUGCGGGGGCUGCCUGCCAGCUCUGAGGCUCCGCUUCUACCCGGCACCCUCCUUCAGCCUGGUGGUGCCUCCCAGAUCGGCCUUCACGGCACCUUCCUGGCCCCCGAGCUCCUUCCGACCCCUCUGGCCCCCGACCUCCCCGCCACAGCCCCCAGCGGCCUCAGCCCCCAGCUCCGACACAAGUCCCUGCUGCAGUAUGGCCUCCCUGGCAAGUGCCUCAGCCUGGAGCCGCCAGGACUCCCCUACACACCCUCCAUCCCGUCCCCCAGGGUGCCGCUGCCAAGUCUGGGCUCCCCGUUCUCCCCUGCCUCCGCUCCCAAGUUCUCCUGUGCUGGCUCGCCCAGCCCCUCGCUCCUUGCCCAUCCUGCCUCCCCCCUCCCAACACCUUGCUCAGCGCCCCCCACCCUGGGGCUGGGCUACCCCGACGGCAUGGUGCCCCCGGGGUAUCCCGGCCCAGCCGCCCCCCAGCUCCUGCCCCCCACCCUGCUGGGCGACCCCAGGUUUGGCCCCCCCAAGGGGCCGCCCCAGGGCGGGGGCAGGCGGCCCAAGGUGAAGCCCAGCGGGACCAAGGCAAAGAGGCUGCCGGGACCCCCCGCACCGCCCCGGCUGGAUGUGCCCGACCCCUGCCUGAGCCAGCUGCUGACCACAGACAAGCAGAAGCCGGCCCUGGAUGCCCCACGCCCAAUGGGCGCAGGACUCAUGCCCGCGUCUCCAGUGUCCCCGCAGAGCACUGUCCCCGACGUCCCUGCUGCCUUCCUCUCCAGAAUGGACCAGCUGAGCCCAGGGCUGGCUCCUGGCUCCAGCCCUUCCCACACAGUGCCGGCUCCUGGCUCCAGCCCUUCCCACACAGUGCCGGUGCUGGUGCCGGUGCCACAGGCGAGCACCCAGCCAGGCCCACUGCUGGUCCCCAAGGCAGAGCGGCUGUCCCCCACGUCAGCUUGCGGCAGCGACUGGCCCAAGCCCGGCCAUGCUUCCCCGGGACCUGUCGUGGGGCUGGGCGCUGGCAUCUCCCUGCACCAUCCCAUGUCCCAUCGGGGCAGGCCUGAGUGCAGCAAGAUGGAGAGCCGCCGUAUCACACACAUCUCUGCUGAGCAGAAGAGACGUUUCAACAUCAAGCUGGGCUUCGACACGCUGCACAGCUUGGUGAGCACGUUGAGUGCCCAGCCCAGCAUCAAGGUAAGCAAGGCCACCACCUUGCAGAAGACAGCUGAGUACAUCUGCAAGCUGCAGCAGGAGCGGGCGGCCCUGCAGGAUGAGGCACAGCGGCUGCGGGAGCAGAUUGAGGAGCUGAACAGCUCCAUCAACCUGUGCCAGGAGCAGCUGCCAGCCACAGGGGUCCCCAUCACACGCCAGCGCUUUGACCAGAUGCGCAGCAUGUUCGAUGAGUAUGUCCGCUCCUCCACACUGCAGAACUGGAAGUUCUGGAUUUUCAGUAUCAUCAUUCGGCCCCUCUUUGAGUCAUUCAACGGCAUGGUCUCCACAGCCAACAUGGAGAGCCUCACCCAGACGUCUCUUGCCUGGCUGGACCAGCACUGCUCCCUCCCAGUGCUUCGGCCAACCGUCCUGAGCUCCCUCCGGCAGCUGAGCAUUUCCACCUCCAUCCUGAACGACCCAGCUUGCAUCCCCGAGCAGGCGACGCGGGCAGUGGCGGGGAUGAGCCAUGGCAGAGGCUCCUCUUAGCUCUCCCAGCCUUGCCAAGUCCCUCUGUGCUGCCAGAUGAGUGCCCACCAACACCUUGUGCAGGCCCUGCACCCCAGGGAUGGCCAGGCCCCAGAAUGGCUGGUGCAGCGUGGGGCCCUGUCUUCCCUGGGCAGCGGGGCUCAGCUGUGCUGCCUGAUAAAGGACUGACUCUGCA